AUGCUGUUAGCUGCAUUUUUCGCAUUCUAUGGUUUCCAUGUUUCUUAUUUUCUCGGAGCCUACCCUACCACAUUCGCCUUUACAAAAAUACUUUCUACAAAUGUUUAUCUGCCCGCCUAUUACAGUUUUAUGAUAGGAGUAGGAAGCGUCAUAGCUGGCGGCUAUAUGGCUUUCUUUAACACCCAGGUCAGCAAUUUUGGCCUUAUACCCACAAUGGUAACCGAGGUUAUGCUCAGUAUUGUUAUGUACUUGUUGACGUUCGCCACUACUGCUAACCUGGCAACUAUUCAAACGACCGAUGACACAUCAACAUGGAUCACGCCAUCGUAA